GGAGAUUUAUCUCCCUUUCGGGCUUGCUGACUGCGUGUGUGCGAGGUGCGUGUGCGCGAUUGCCGGAAAAGGUGGAGACUGGAACGCCUCCCCCUCCACCCCCGCACCACGGAAAUGGAGGGGGGGAGGGAGGGAUGCCGGCUGGCUGGCUAGUGAGGGGGAUUGGCAUCUCAUAAGCCAAUAGAGGGUCGCGGCUUUCCCUUUUGAUCUAUACCUUACUUUGAACAGAACUCUCACUUGAAGUAUACCCGACCUCGAACUCAAUCAGUAACACCACCCCUUGACGCAGCAAUCAUGUCUUCAGGUUUCGACGCAGGAGCUGGAUCCCACGACCAAUCCCUCACAGCCGACCAAGGUGCUCCCAAGGCCAUGCUAAGCACUGCUGGAGGAGCCCGCGAUGCGGAAGCUGGUGGUGCUCCCUCUGCAGGUCUCUCCGGCGGACAGGGCGAUGAAGACAAGCAGAGUGGUCUCUCCCAGGGUCUGGAUGGUGGGGCCGGGGAGGAGGACGGACGUGGGGGUGGAAGUGGGUUUGAUGCGGGUGUUGGUGGUGGAAGCACCCAGGAGGGUGGUGGUGUCAGCUUGGAUGGAGGUGAGGGAGAUGUGGACCGGGAUGGCACGGAGUCCACUUCGGGACUGAAGGAUAAGCUCAAAGACAUGAAGAGCAAGAUGUCGAGCAACUAGAGGGAUGGCUGUAUGUCUUUCACUCUACCCUGUCUAUCUCAGCUUUGCUUGCCGAUACUACCCCUCCGU